AUGCUCGAUGCGUCUCCCCAAUCAGAGAACAGCCAGACCCAGUCGAUCGUGAAUGUGACCUUAUCACAGCACACCGUGUCAAGUGGAACGAAGCGAGUGUCGGCUUACUUCAACGGGGAAAGCUAUGUAGAAGUGGCAGUCGAUAUCAACAGCAACGUUCACCCCGAAGUCACGAUGGGAGCGUGGGUGUUCAUUCCCGAAUACCAUGACAACCAUGCCCCUCAAGACAACCCCACAACCGUAUACGACGCGUCAAGUUUUAUCCUGACACAUGCAUCGAAAGGAUCGUUUGAAAGAUCCCUCGGCAUUGACUACCGUGGAAAGGGCUGGUGUGCCUUUACUGGAACCAGCCAAUCCACCACAGACAACAAGUCUGGCAUGCUUUGCGGGAUGGCAGUCAAAAGUGGCGUGUGGAGUUUCGUGGCCGUCUCGUAUUCACGCACAUCUGUGAUGGUGUACGUCGACGGAGAGUUCGUCAUGACCACCACAAGUGCUCUUCGACUCGGUGACAGCGUUCUUCGCAUUGGGUCGGCUGGGUACCCUGGCAGUGGAUUCUACGGGUUCAUGAACGACGUGUUCGUGUAUAAUGCGGCAUUGACGUCUGGUGAACUGGAUUUUCUGAGGACUACCAAGGCCCCGGCGCCAUUGUUUCCGGCCGCGGGCUCCGCUGGAUACGCGCUACACUUCCCGCCGUGGUCAUCGCUUCAAGUCCUGGCCCCGGUACCGCCAGACGCUGACGUGGCGACAGCUGUGACGCUGGCCAUGUACUUGUCGGUUGAUUUCACUGUGCAGUCUCGCGUUUGCCUGGGAGAGUUUCGUUCGCGAGAUAGCACGCACACGAUCUUCUUGGAAGCGGACGACAGAUUCAAUGGUUUCCGUGUCGAGCUUAUACAGCAAUCAAGCGGCCAUUUUGCGUCGUCAUCGUGGACAACCGGAAACAUUGUGCUGCCGACACGAAGAGUGUGGGCUCAUUGGGCGCUGAUGUGGAGUCAAGGCAUGCUCUCCAUAUACUUGGACGGCCAUUUGCAGGCCAGGACAGAGUACCCGACGCCGCUUUUCGAACCCGAAAUGGCGACGCAAUUAUGUCUUGGAGCUUGCGACAACGCCAACACUGCUUACUUCGGUUUUAUGGACGACAUUCAACUGUGGAGUCGCGAGAUCGCACCGGCCGAGUUGGUCCACUUGAAGAUUCGCGGCGAUGAAGAUGGACUCGUGGGCUACUGGGAUAUGGACUUUGCCACGACCAACCUGCCGACGCUGACCUUUGAAAGCAAAGCUACGUCGGCGUCGACCAAGGUACCGGCCGCUCUUCGUAUCUUGAAGUACUCGGACCCAACUCGUGGGUGCUACUUCCUGGCUCCGUCCGCUGCUCCAAUUGGUGAUCACAUUCAAGUAGAGAUGAACCGGCCGAUUCUAGUGGCGUUGAACAUGUCGUUCGUUGGGAUGACCCGACGUCCUGCCACAACCAUCACGAAAUUGUCGGCGAAAGGCACGCUUUUGGCGAGCUCGGCGGGUUCGGGCUUUGAUAUUUCAACUGCUGUUGCCAUCAUGACCGUCCCAUUCACAGUUCCGGUUGAAAUCGAGCUCUAUUUCAUGACUGCCCCCGACGAUUUUGGCGAUGACUACGCUUCGCUGGAGUACUCGAUCCAAGGCGUGGACGUUCCACGCGAAGUCUUUCUACACGUGAGGACAGCACGUGUCCAGCCCCACUUCGGCAUGGAAGACCAAGUCACUCAACGCCUCAGCGGGUACAGGUUUGAGGACGUCGAUACACAAGAGUACCUGGGCACUGUCGACACGACUCUUACCAUCACGUCGUCCCAAGACCAUGUCCACGUGUUGCUACCGCCGACUGACGUUGCGACGCAAGUCACUUCGACCUCUUUGAGUCGUCAGACAGUGAAUUUGCUUGGCGACCCGGCCGAUGUAACCUUUGUAGCGAGUCAGUUGGACAUCGAAACGACAAGUGCCAACACGAUUUCGACGCAAUUUACCAUUCAAGUGGAUGACACUGGCCCGGCCAACGAUCCGGCGGCCACUUACUCGCAACGAUUGGGUUUGCAGCUUGUCAAUACAUUUGGGUCGAUUCCAACGAUAUUGGCCAUGGAACCCGCGCAGACGUACGUCCAAGGCAACAAGUUGAUGACCAUCACGGCCCAGAAUCUCCAGCCGGACAUGGUCUGUCGCUUUGGCAACGUUACAUCCCCAGCAACGAGGAUAUCUCGGUCGCAAGUCCAGUGCCGCAUCCCUUCGAGUCCGCUGGGCAUAGCUGGUAUCGUGCCCCUUUCCCUCGUCUUCUUUGGCCAAUUCGAGAGCCGACCGGUUCCCUUUGCGUACAUCGACUCCCUCCAGAUCGUUGGAGUGUCACCCGCUACCGUGAGCGGACUCGGAGGAACGGUUGUGACGAUAUCUAUUCGCCCGAUGGACGUGUCUUCGUUGUUUUGCGUAUUCUUCGAUUCCGUGCGUGUGGUAGUCCUGGCCUCAAAAAUCUCGCUGACACAAAUCAAGUGUCGAGUCCCGAUCCUAUCGUCUCAGUUGGCCCUUUUGACGGUCGGAGUUUCCCCCAACGCGGCGAUCGACGCAACCAUUGCAACCACCCCGCUCACUGUGGUGACGUCCCCAAAAAUUGCGUGGUUGACUCCAUCUUCAGGGCCUCUGGGGGUGUCCAGAUGGAUCCAAGUGCAUGGGCGUCACUUUUCCAACCAGACUUACUGUGUUGUGGACUUCAUGCGCACACGAGUUCGAUUCAACUCGUCCACUUUUAUCUCAUGCGAAGUCCCUACGUCGUCCAUUGCGCGAAGUGUCCAUGUUUUCGUUGCGAUGGACGCGACGCCCAUGGAGCUACCCGCCCUCGAGUACACUUACGAAGCUGGCAUCGUGCUGCAAUCGAUUUCCCCAACGAGUGGACCUGUCCGAGGAGGCACUGUCGUGGAUGUGUUUGGGACCAAUUUUCGGGACUCUCCAGCUUUGCAAUGCCGGUUUGGAUUGAGCGCGUUGGUUCCCGCGACGUUUGUGUCGUCCACAGCUAUCCAAUGCACAGCCCCUCCAUUAAACAAGUCGACAGAAGUGACCGUGGAUGUUACGUCGAAUGGGAUCGACUUUUCGAUAGGCAAUGUCGUCUUCGGACCGUACGACCCCAUCCGCAUUACUCGAGCGUAUCCGCCCUUCGGUCCUCGUAGCGGAGGCACGAUGGUGACAGUGUUUGGCGACCGAUUCAUCCAGUCGACAUUAAUGAGUUGCGUUUUUGGCACAAUCCUGCAGUCACCAGCCCUGUUUGUCAGCCCCACGGUCGUGCAAUGUGUGUCGCCGAACGCGACGCGGAUCCAACCCACAAGUUCGUCCUUUCGACUGAAUGUGAACGGCCAAGACAUGGUGGAAAACCCCGCCGUGACAUUUCAAUACCACACGCCAAUUCAAUUCUCCAACUUAACUGUGACAACUGGCAGUGUUCUGGGUGGUACCUCCGUCCGAGUGACUGGAAAGUUUGCCGGUAUGUCGCCCCAUCUCAUCCGUUGCAAAUUUGGCAGCGCGAGCGUGUCGGCAGCGCUGGUGUCGUCGACGGAAUUGGCCUGCAUCACUCCUUCUCAAUCCGAUCCACAGGUCGUUUCCGUCGCUGUUGCAAUGAACGGUAUGCAGUUCGACACCACUCCAUUCACGUUUGAGUACAUUCUCGCGCCAUCGAUUGCAAGUGUUGAACCGCGCUGGGCGCCGUUUGGGACGACAAGUUCCGCCCUCGUGCAUGGGAUUUUCCCCCCUGCUAGACACCCCGUGACUUGCCACAUCGGCAAUCAGAGUGUGCCAGGAACUCGCGUGAACGCGACCUCUAUUUCGUGCGAGGCUGUUUCGUGGGCGAUUCUUGGGAACACGAUGGUGCAGCUGUCGUGGAAUGGCCAAGACUUUGUGGGGUCUGCCGCCGCGACUGUAUACGUACACGCGCCUGUGCUUGUGGACCGCAUUGUGCCGGAAACCACAUUGGUCGGAGAAAAUUUUACCCAGUUCACGGUCACUGCUUUCACCGCCAAUUUGCUCAACUUGACAACUCUAGCGUGUGUGUGGAACAAUUCAGUGUUGUCCCGGGCACAGUUUAUCUCGACGACCCAAGUCGCAUGCUCCACGCCCUCGACACUUCCGAUAGGCAAGUCCACGUUGGCAUUGACGCUCAAUGGCGGGCGUGACAUCAGCGUCUCCAAAGCUACGUUUUCCGUCUUGAGGACCCCCGAGAUCAUAAAAGUGGCCCCCACGCAAGGUCCCAGUCUCACGAACGUUUCUUUUCUUCUCGCUGAGUCGUUCACGGGAGUGAGGUCAGGUUUUCGUUGCCGAUUUGGUUCCAUUGUCCAAGAAACGCGUUGGAUCAACUCGACGUGCUUUCAAUGCGCAGUACCUAUUGCACCCGACUCGACCGUUGAUGUUGCCGUGGUGGUGGGAACCAUUGCCCUGCCCUCAACACACCACUUCUCGGUUGUCAACCCCGUGGAAGUGCUUCAUGUUUUCCCCACCACCGUCAGUCUCCACGACAAUACAACGAUGAUUCAAGUGUACACCAAAGCGGAGGUCAGCUCGACUGUUACUUGUAAGUUUGGAAGCGUCGGCUCGCCCAUUCAAGCCACUCGAGCUUCCUUUGGCGUACGCUGCUUGGCCCCUCCGCAAACCCACGCGAUGACCACCCCACUCUUCAUCUCUGUAGCCAACCAACCCUAUGAAGAUACAGGGUUUACCGUCGCGUACCAGAAGCAAGCUGUGAUUGACAUGUAUCCCAUCGGUGGCCCCAUCACAGGCAACACAACGCUGUCAUUUUAUGGAUACUUUGAACGGGGACAAUACGGGUGUUUGCUCGACAGCGGCAUCCAUCUACGAGCAACUCAACUCACGUCGGCGCUCGUUCAAUGCUCCACUCCACACACUGCGUCACCGUACAAUGCGACAGUGGACUUGACCAGGGACGGCCAAUUCCUCGACACGUUUGUCUUCCAAUACUUUGCACCUCCAGUCGGCACGGCCUUAGUUCCAAGCGUUGUCGAAAACAACAGCCGUCGCACAUCGCUUCAAAUCGUUGGCCUGCAUUUUCCACCGUCGCUGGUGUGCGGUCUCCGAGCCAGAGGGCAGUGGCUCGUGGGGCACACGACGUCUGUCAAUUCCACCCACGCCACCUGCUCGUUUACAACUUUGGUCGCGUCCACGGUGUACCUGUCGACAAAUGGAAUUGACUUUUCACCGUCUGAGCUGGCCCUCAAGGUGCGAUCUCCCGUGGUCAUUGCAACCAUCGAGCCAAAGGUGUCUGUGGCGUCUGGUCCCGUUUUGAACAUUACCGUGAUCGGCAACGGCUUGGAAAACGUCAAGGCGUGUCAUAUCGGGGACGAUACUGUCGUUAUCCCGUUCAAUGUGUCGAACACGACUCUGGUUUGCCCACUCGCACGCGACCAAGCAUUGCAGGCACCUGGAGUGCUUUCCUUGGAGCUGAGCGUCAACGAAGUGGACAUGACGUCGACUGGGAUUCAGUUUCGACUGAUCCCGACAUUCAAUUUGACCGGAUAUUCCCCACACUUCGGCCCCGAAGACGGCGGCACGAUUGUGACGAUCGUCGGUUCGAUUUGGGAAAAAGACACUGUGCACUACUGUCAUUUUGGAGAGACAUCCUUGCCAGGAUCUUUUGUCGGCGACGCAUUGGUCUGCAUCACGCCUCCGUCCAGACCAAACCAGUCUCGACAAGUUGGUGUGUCGGUGGACAGGCAGACGGUUCAAUUCGUUGGUCCGCCGUUUGCAAUUCAUCCAGCGAUAGCCGUCACACGGGUGUUGCCUUCGUUUGGAAGCAUCGAUGGCCAUACCCCGACGUGGAUUCGAGGCACGAAUUUUCAAAACACGUCCCAAUUAAUUUGCAAAGUCGGCGACGAGCUCGUACAAGCACGAUUUGUCAACACGACCACACUUCAAUUGACAACUCCUCCGUUUGCAGCACUGAUCACCAACGACUAUCAUGUGGCGAUCUCGUGCUCAUUGAACGGCCAGGACUUUUCAACCACCACCGUUGGCUUCGACUAUGUGCCGAUCGUAGUGCUCCACAGUGUCUUUCCAAAACGAGGGUUUGUGCACAGGCCCACCAACCUCGUUCUGCAAGGGCGGUUUUCGACCUCGACGCUCACGGCACUCUGCCGAUUCAACGGCACAGCUGUGACCAAAGCCACAGUGGUGACUGUGUCGAGGCUCGAAUGCGCCACGCCACUCAUGGAAAGCUCUGGACUUGUCUCGAUUGAGGUUUCGAUGAACGGCGUCGACUUUAUAUCGUCUGGACUCAUGUAUUCAUUCGACAGCAUUCCAACAUAUCACCAAUUGUUCCCGGCAAGCGGUCCCGAAUCGGGUGCGUCGAUGGUCCUCGUGUUUGGAGACAGGUUUCCUCCGUCCGUGUUGGUCAAGUGCAAGUUUGGCAACAGGACGUCGCCUUCGGCAACGUGGGUGGAUGCAUCCACGAUUUUGUGCGUGACGCCGCCCCAUGUCCCUGGCUCAGCCAUCGUUCAACUCGCUUCAAACGGACACGACUUUGUAUCCACGUCGUUGCGUUUCCAGUACACUGCUCAUGCAACGGUUGCCAAGAUCUAUCCGACCCGAGGAUCUGCAAGUGGAGGCACACUUGUCACGGUCUACGGCACAGGAUUCAUCGACUCGCCCGACUUUCGAUGCCACUUCGACGCGACAGCAUUUCGUCCGCGGCAAGUGGUUGAUUCGACCACUGCUCUGUGCGUCGCACCACCUUCGAUCGCUUUGUCGCAGGUGGUGGUGUCUGUUUCAAAUACCCCAUCGGACGUUGUCGAGUCGGCCACAAAGUUCCACUUUGACAAGCCCGUCUUUGUGUCGCAUGUCCAGCCCAAGUUUGGGCCGUUGACGGGCCAGACGCUGCUCCAACUGACUGGGAUGAACUUCAUUCCCGAAUCGACGUACAGGUGUCGAUUCGUAUGGAAUGACAACGCUUCAUUUCCGCUGCACACCCCAGCAGUGUAUGUCAACUCGACACGGCUCCACUGCUUUACACCUGCCAUCCCAAACGCCACACGGACGAUUGCUGCGACGUGGAUGCUCGUUGAAAAUGGCUUGGCAUUGUCCUUGCGUCCCAUUCAAUUUGUGUUUUAUCAAGAAGUCGAACUCGUCCAGAUCCUUCCAUCUAUCGGGUCGGUGCUCGGCGGGUCCCAAGUCACCGUCCUUGGAAACAACUUCCUGCCAAGUCAAGAUGCUUUGUGUGACUUUGGGAUGGGUCUUACAACUCAUGCCACGGUCGUGUCACCUUCAUCACUUCGCUGCUCGACCCCCGUGCAUCCGUUGGGACCAGCCACGUUCCGCGUGUGUCUGAAUGGGUUGCAGUGCUCGCAGCAAUCUCUCUUGUUUCAUUUUCACGCAACUCCAGUGUGGGCUUCCAUGGAGCCAGCGACGAUUCCAGCGACGGGCGCAACCAAUCUCACAUUGUGUUUUCAACCACAAUUGGUUGCCUUCCCCAUCGCGCAUUGCUUGUUUGGGAAUCGGAAAACUGUGGCUACCCCUCUCAAUCGCACUUGCUUCAACUGUUGGACACCGACGCUCGCCGUGGGUGUAGCAGUGGACGUCAGCAUCACGAUCAACGGACAGGACAACCUCCUUACACCCUUCACGGUGUUGCCAACAAAACCAGUUGAAAUCUCUGGAGUGUUUCCGCUUGCCGGUCCGUCGAAAGGCCACACGAGGCUCAUUCUCUCUGGUCAAUUCAACUCUUCGAUGCGUUAUGUCUGUCGAAUCGGCGAUCAAGUGAUGCCAGCACUAGCCGUUUAUCGUGACAAACUGCUCUGCUCGACUCCACCAGCACCAUCUGCGGCAGACCACGUACCAAUUGCUGUGAGCGACAACAGGGUCGACUUUGUCACGUUUCGCUAUCCAUAUCGAUAUUACCCGACGAUCGAAGUGACGUUUGUGUCACCUCCCCAAGGUGCUGAAACCGGUGGCUAUUACGUCGUGAUAACAGGGUUAAACUUUGAAAAAGCGGCGCUCUGUCGAGUGGGAAUCGAGCUGCCAACCCCGGUUCAGUGGGAGUCGUCGUCAAAAAUCCAUUGCUUGGUGCCUGCAAGGUCGCCUGGAACGAUUCGUCUCGGUGUGUCCAACAACCACGUCGACUACACGUUUGCCCAGUUCACGUACUACGCUUUGCCUCGAGUGACCAGCAUGGACCCGCCUUCGAUGCUGCGCGGGGUUGGCGGUGUGGUGACGAUUCGCGGCGAGCGAUUUCAAAACACGUCGACGAUGCAUUGUCUCGUGGACAGGAUGUUAGUGCUUUUGACGUACAAGAACGCGAGUACGGUGGAGUGCCAAGUCCCGAUCACGGUCGGCGCUGGCCUCGUUCAAGUCAGUUUGUACGACGUGACAAUGCAUCUUGAAAUUAAGGCUCCACGGCCUCUGGCUCUUCUCGACGUUCCCGUGGUUGACAGUGUCGCUCCAACGCUGCUUCGACGCCAGUCGCCACCGUCCGUUCUUGUGUCUGGGCACAACUUGUACCCGACUUUAAUCUGUCUGGACGGGAAAUCAAAAACCGCCGUGGAGUUUUUGUCGUCGACUCAAGUUCGGUGUGGUGUCCAUAUCAACGCCACAAUGGUUCGGGUGGUGGAUCUCGAGCGGAACUACACAGUCGUACGACGCGAGCUGUUUUGGUUUGACGAUGUCGAGAUUGCUCAACUGACCCCGUGUAGCGGUCCCCGAGCUGGCAACACCAACGUGUUGGUGACACUAACUAGUCCAAUGCCUCGACUGUCGUCGGCAACGCCCAUGUGUCGGUUUGGAGCCGAGGCGUCGACCGGGUCAUACGUGAAUCGAACUACGAUUCGAUGCACGUCUCCUGCCCGUGGUACAGCAACAACUGUACUGGUUUCGGUGACGUUAAACUUGGUCGAUUAUUCGAAUGGGGUCCCGUUUGUGUACUACGGCGAUGCACAGCUGAUUCGAGUGGAACCAGCCCAAGUGCCAUCUUUUGAGUCGGCCCAAGUCACCGCCAUGGUCGUUCUACACGGGGAAAAUUUCCCUUCUAGCAAGAACAACAGCGCUUGUUUGUUCGGUUCGAUUGCGACAAAAGCCACCAUAUUGUCUACCAUCAUGGUACAAUGUCCUCUGCCAAGAGAUGUUGGCGCAGGAGACGUGCCUGUGAUGUUUGCCCCCAAUGGUCUCAACCCCAUAGGGUCAGCCUUGAUCCUUCAUGUGUUUGAGCAUCCAAGGGUCCUUCAAGGGAGCCCCCUUCGUGGCCUCGUCCAUGGCGGAACUCCCGUUCGUAUUGAGUUCGACGCUUCGGUGACGUCCUUUCAAGAAAUCAAGUGCCAAGCCGGGUCGGACGUUCAACACGGUGUUUCAGUUGGAGACAAGAUUGUGCAAUGCCGAAUGCCUCCAUCUCCCAUCCAUGGAAACGUCAACAUUUAUGUUGCCCUGAAUGGAAAGGAUUUUGUCUAUGCACGAGCGUUUGAGUACGUCCGUGCUCCAACCAUCUCGUCCAUGACACCUCAACUUGGCACGGAAUUGGGCGGGGCCACCGUCACGAUGGCUGUAUCCGACAGUUCAAGUCGAUCGAGCCCUACCCAACCAACCAUGUUCAUAAAAUUCGGCAAUUCGGCGCCGGUUCUCGUUGAGAAUAUCAGGCACGGCAUUGCGUCGUUUGUCGUGCCACCGCACCCCCCCGGCCAAGUUAGGAUUCUCUUGUCCGUGAAUGGCGUCGACUACAUCUUGACCAACCAUACCUUCGCUUACGUCGGAGCCGAAACAUCGACAGGACUCUGGCCGACGUUGGGUCCCAUUUCCGGCGGAACGAUGGUGUCUGUGUUUGGAACGCACUUCACGUCGUGCUUAAACAUGGUGUGCCGAUUUGGAACCACGCUCGUGGCUCCAGCAACUUUCAUGUCACCCCAGCUUCUGCAGUGUGUCACGCCAGCAGUUCAGUCCCCAUCCGACUACGUCGUGUCGGUGUGGUGUGGCCCCAACCAAAUGGUGCAUGGAGACCAGACGUUUACGUUCUAUGCUGAUCCUCAACUCGUGGGCUUCGAACCCCGCCUCGCCCCAGUUCGCGGAGGAACCAAGCUGAUGAUCACUGGACAGUCUUUGUCCAGCGCAGGCCCUACGGUUUCCUGUCGAUUCGACUCUGGUUCGUCCACCCCAGCCAUUGUUUUGAACACUACCACGAUGGCGUGCUCGGUGCCUCCGAUCUUGCGCGAUGUCGGCUCGGUCCUUUUGGAAAUCUCGUACAACGGCCAAGACUUUCAUGCAUCGCCUUACCCGUUGAAGUUGUAUUCGUCCAUCCAAGUGGAUGCUGUUGAACCCACGCAAGUGUUCUGGAACACAACCACCACAGUACUGGUGUCCGGGCAUGGGUUUAUUUGGAAUUCUGCGUUGAGCUGUCGAUUGGGGUCUGGCGUUGUGUUGAAAGCACGAUUUGUGUCUAGCACGAAGAUCGAAUGCGAUGUGCAAAGCCAGACGACGUCUUCCACAUUGUUCCUGAUGGUGUCAAACAACGGAGUCGAUUUCUCGGAGCAACGACUUGCCCUACACAUCCUGCCCAUGCCCAUCUUGGAUCAAGUUGUGCCUUCCGUUGGUACAACCCAAGGCCGAGCUCUGGUCGAAAUCCAGGGAAAGCACUUCUUGACGGCGAACGUUGAGUGUGUAUUUGGAAACGUUAGUGUUGCGGCGGUGGCUCAAACCUCCAGGUCGAUUUUGUGCCUGACCCCAGCUGUGCCAGCCCCGCAAAGCGUCUUGGUGGGUUUGCAGUUUGGCAGCACGUUGUCGCAAUCUCUCGCGUUCCAAUAUAUUCCGUCUGCAACGAUCGAAUCCAUCGUUCCAUCUCGAGUCCCUGUUGGAGUUGCCGAAAGUUUUCGCAUGGUGGGGUCAAAUUUCAACGGACCGUUGCAAUGCGAGUUCUUUGCUGCUGGUUCAUCCAACGUCGACGCCGUUGGGGCUGCCGUCAUUUUGUCCCCGACAUCGCUGAAUUGCGUUGCAACCCUUGCCACUCCUGGGGCAUACACCGUGCAACUUGGCACAACGGGACAACCUUCCGCCAAGUCGACCAGUGGUGUGGUCGUGCUAGCUCAGCGACGGGCCAUCGUCCAACGUGUGUUUCCUUUGGCUUCCGUGGAGUAUGGUGGGGGCGAUGUCGUUGUAGCUGGGGCCAACUUUAGUUCCUUUGAUACCAUGGCGUGCAUAUUUGGGACUAAACGUUCGCUAGCCGUGUAUCAAAGCGCGACACAGCUUGUCUGCGUGGUUCCAGCUCUACAACCUCAUCCUCAGAACAUUUCAAUCGCCAUCAACGAUGUCAUUGCGUUCACUCAACCGUUCAUGGUCUUGCCCGCGAUGGUUUUGGACUCGACGGACAAGUCUGUCGUAGCAGUUGGAAAACCCAGUCAAGUUGUUCUCUUUGGACAAAAUUUUGUGCCUCACGUGACGUGCGUCGUUUGCACAAAUGGUUCAAACCAAGAAACUCCAACUCAAGCAGUAUUCUACUCGUCCCAAUCAGUUGGAUGCGUCGUUCAAGCUGAUGAACCGGGUCUGCGGCGAGUGACGAUAAAGCUACACAAUGCACAGGCAACGAGUCAGUUCAUACCACUUCGGUUUGUUGCCGUACCAAGUGUUACCGUGGUGACUCCGAAUUCAAGCGAUUGCCGAGGUGGUUCACACGUCGCAGUCACAGGCCAAGGAUUUGAAGACUCCCCUUCCAUCGAGUGCCGCUUUGGCGACGUCAAGACACGGGCAAUGUUCUUGACUUCGACUCGAAUCAUGUGUGUUGCUCCACGCGUGAACGGUGCUACCCAAGUGCUCAUGACAGUGGCAAACGCCGCCAACGCGACGAGCAACCCCAUCUUGUUUUCCUUCGAGUCUCCUCUUGUGGCCAUGUCGAUUGAACCUGAAUUUGGGUCCGUUGUGGGCGGUGUAUCCGUUCGCGUGCUUGUAGCCGAGAGAGAAACCGGUCUGGAUGAUACGAUUCGGUGCUGGUUUGGCAACAUAUCGUCGAUUGCGGUGCCAGACGAGCCGAAUGCAUAUCGAUGCAUGGCCCCUCCAUUCUAUAAACCAGGGAGAGUCCGGUUCCAAUUACAAUCGGCGCAACUGCUUGACCGUCCUCCCAUCUACUUCACGUACACGGACCCCGUUGUUGUUGUCAAGAUUAGCCCCAACCGUGGGCCAAUCUAUGGAUCGACUGUCGUUCGGGUCCAAGUUGCACCAGUACUCAUCCACACGACGCCCACCGUCAAGUGUGCGUUUGGGCUCCAAACGGCUCCCGGCCGAAUCGUGUCGUCCUCGAUCAUUGAAUGCACUUCUCCGCCUGUCGUACAGAAGGGUCAUGUUUUGGUGGUGGUGACCAUCAAUGGCCAAGAAUUCUCAACGAGUGACGUGCAUUUUGAGUAUCUGUCGGAAACGCUGGUCGAAUCUGUUCAACCUAGUCUGGGGUCCACUGGAACAUCCAUUCAACUGGUUGGAGCGAAUUUCAACGCUCCGAGCAUUUGUCAUUUUGGCGAGUCGAUCACAGCGCCUGCGCGAUUCGUCUCGUCCAACCAAGUUGUGUGUGUUUUGCCUCACGUUCCUACCACAGUUCCUCUCGACAUCUCUCUUUGCGUCGAAGACACGUCAGGAAUGUCCAACACAAUUUUGUUUAAAGUGUUACCUCUGAUGUCGCUGACCAUGGUGUCUGUACCAACUGUCUUGGAGAGCGGUGGUGCUCGGGUCACUCUUCAAGGCCAAAACUUCUACAAGUCGCCACUAUUGGGUUGUCAAUUUGGCCGGUCGUCGCCAAUCGUGCCAGCGUUGUGGUUAUCUCCAGCCUUGAUUGAAUGUGUCGUGCCAAGACUUGAGCCUGGCAAUGUGUCCGUCGCAGUCACUCAGAAUGGAGUGGACUUUCACACACUGUCGAGCCGACUGUCGGUAGCUCCUACGUUGAGCAUUUCAGAUGUCUGGCCGCGUCGGACAUUUACGUCGCGCCCCACUGCUAUGACUGUCCUUGGCACAGGUUUCGAGCCGACGGCGACAUGCCGAUUUGGUUCUGCAGUUGUACCAAGCCACUUUAUCAAUCGAAACGUUAUCACGUGUGUCGCACCAGCCGCUCAAACGAGCGUUCAACUGCAAGUGAGCAACGACGGACUAGAGUUUGUCGACGGCAAGAUCUGGAUCACCCACGAUGUCGACGUCGAGCUCGCCGACUUGUCCCCAUCGUCUGGCCCUGUGAAUGCAUCGACAUUGGUGUUUGUCCGUGGUUCUUUUUACAACUUGGACAACGCGACAUGCGAAUUCGGCACCUUAAGUGCACCAGCACGGAUCCUCAAUGCGACGCAUCUCGAGUGUCAUUCUCCAGCCGUCACGAUGAAGCAAGUGGUGUCGUUCGCACUGCAUGCACUUGGUGCAUCCAUUUCAUCCGCUCUGACGUUUACUUACUACGCAGCCCCGGUCGUGGAUGCACUGGAGCGAACAACUUUCUUUGGGCCGACACAGGUACUCAUUCGAGGCCGCAAUUUUCUCCCAGGAGCGGUUUGUCGAUUUGGAUCAAAUUUCAAAACACUUAGCUUGUACCACAGCCCGAUCUUGAUCGAGUGCAUGAGCCCGCCACAUGCUCCUGGAUAUGUUGGGCUCGAGGUGAGCAACAACGGGGUCGAUUUCACAACCCAGGGCCACACCGUGCGGUACGAAAUUGAACUAAGCGUCGUUGCCGUCUUCCCCUCUGAAGUGGUGUACACUGGCGGGUCGAUGUUGGUCGUGAUUGGAACAGGAUUUCCGCCGUUCCUGCUCUGCCGCUUCAACAAUUUGUACCAAGUCGGCAACGUUCUGAACUCGACUCAUUGCGAGUGCAUGACUCCCCCCUUGCCGCCCAACGAGCGUGUGGAGGUGGAGCUGAGUACAAAUGACGUCGAAACAUCAAAUCGCGUAACCUUCUUGUCCAUGGUCCCACCAAAUCCAGAGCGCUUGGAGCCACGACAUGGGUCUGCGUCCGGCAACACGACCUUGACCAUUCAUGGCUCCGCAUUUCCUGCCCAUGUGGAGUGCUGCUUUGAUGGCGUGGCAUGUGUUCCGUCGAUUGUUUCAAGCCAAGAGAUCUUGAUGUGUGUGACGCCGCCACUCCAACCGAGCCGAGUGAUGGUGACGUUGCAGGUGGGGCAUGUAAGGUCGCUGCGUGCGCUCGAGUACUUUGUCGACAAACCAAUCUUACUGAGAACCUUCCUGCCGUCCAAAGUGCCCGAAUAUGGCAACACCGUCGUGACGAUCACUGGCGAUCGCUUUUCACCUUCACAUGACAUGCACUGCGUCUUUGAUACGACACUCGUCGUGGCAACGUUCAUCGACGAAAACACAAUUGAGUGCGUCAGCCCACCGCACGUGCCUGGGUUUGUCGUCAUCGGUGUGAGUACCAAUGGCAACGACAUCGUCUUGCAUGAAUCGCUUCUCGAGUACCAGCAAGCUGGUGUCGUCUUAUCGAUUCAUCCGGGGAUUGGAUAUCUUGCGGGGGACUCGGUGGUCGUCGUCGCCCUGACCAGCACCCUCCAUUCCUCUGCGGUCUUUUGCAGAUUUGGGUCGGUUGAAGUGCCGUCCACGAUUGUGAAUGCCACUGCAGUGUCGUGCUUGUCACCGAGCGCGCGCGCGCCUGGUGCAGUUGCAUUUUCUGUUGUCCAGCGAACGAAUUACUCCCAGUCGGCUGUCGAGUUUGCGUCUGCCGUGCCAUACCUCUACGAGAAUGCGCCAUCGCUGGCCAGCCUCACUCCCAACCGCGGGUCGUCCUUGGACAAGACAAUGGUGGCUGUCCAAGGCGCGUAUUUCACUGAACGGACAACACUACGAUUUGGAAAUGCUGUGGUCGCCUGUGUUCAAUUCACAAACGUUUCGUGCAUCGUUCAAGUCCCUCGGCACGAGAGUGAGACACGAGGAGGCGGACCGGUGACUGUAGAGGUGACGAACAACGGUCACGACUAUUCACGGACGAUGCCCGUGUUAUUCUACUACAUGGCUAGAGCGACAGUCAUGUCGAUUGCCCCCACUGUUGUACGACUUCCUACCUUGAUUACCGUGACUGGGGCCAACUUUGACGACACGUUUCCAAAUGCGUUGACGUGCCGGGUUGGCGGGCAAGUUGUGCCUGCCGUUUAUUUGACGACCACGAUGCUGCAAUGUCAGAUUCCGUCGCUGCGAGCUGGAUCGUACAACAUCGAGGUGUCUGUAAACGGCCAAGAUUUCACGAACGACAACGUACAGGUCAUGGUGAAGGAACCGUUGGAGAUUCUGGCGAUCCAGCCCCCGUUUGGCUCGACGCAAGGUCGAACGGUCGUCACUCUCACGACAAAUGCUGUGUUGGACGACGGGUUCAAUGGCACGUUUUGCUCCUUUGGUGACAUCGUGUCGCCGCUGACUGUUCUGAAUGCGUCGAUGGGAAUGUGCACGGCGCCUCCGACAGCGAACGUUGGCGUUGUACCAUUGCAUGUUGUCCAGUCCAGUGUCGCGUACUCAACAGCCAUGGUGUCAGCUCACUACACAACGCUCUCAAGUGUUUCCCAGCCGUACAUGUACACGCUGCCGGUGGAAAUCACGUCGAUUUUCCCACGGCAUGGUUUUCAGCAAGGUGGGGCGGUCGUGGUCGUGUCUGGGCGCGAGUUUGUCGCAAAUAGUGCCCGAGCUGCCUGUUUCUUUGGGAAUCAAACUGCCUCGGCUGUGGUCUUGUCCUCCAACACCCUCCGAUGUGUUUCACCUUCGGUCGGCGUCGCAGAGUCGGUUGAGUUGGCGCUCACCAUGAACGGCAUCGACGUUGUGCCCGCGAAUAUUUGGUUUCGCUACGUUCCCAACCUGAAUUUGUCGAGUAUUACUCCCGCCAAGUCCACUCUGGGAGGCGGCAAGGAAGUGGUGAUUCAAGGCUCUGGUUUCGACAGCACGUUCAACCUGACAUGUGCGUUUGGCAUAUCCUUGCCAGUGCCAGCGACUGUCAUGUCUCCACAUGUGCUGACGUGUCCCGUCCCGUCAACGUCAGUCGAAGGAUCGGUCGCAGUUCGAGUUGCCAUGAGUGGCCAUGAGUAUAAUUCCGCAUCGCUGCGCUUCGACUACCAAGUCGAAGCGUUGUUGUACUCAAUUGCACCGUCCGUAGGCCUGCAUAUUGGUCACACCACGGUGGUUGUCGCGGGCGAAGGCUUUACGUCACAGAUGCUGUGCGCAUUUGACGAUGUGUUGGUGAAUACCACGUUCAUUACGUCGAGGGAGCUGACGUGUGUGUCGCCCCCGUUCUCGACGGACGUCGAGGUGGUCCAAGUCUCUGUAAAAGACCCACUUGUGGUAGCCAGCAAGACAAACUCCCUGUGGUAUUAUGUGGUCACCAUGCCCGACAUUGUCCGAGUUGAGCCCACGUCUGGACCAGUCACUGGCGAUACCCAGGUUGUGCUCACUUUGAGUGAGAACUUUGGCUUCAACGAUCAGGUGUUUUGCCAAUUUUGCGACUCCAUCGUAGAAGGAGUAUUCCUCGACUCGACGCGGAUGGCGUGUCGAGCACCAGCUCGCGCUGUUGCGGUCGAAUGCCCGUUGACCAUCUCCGUCAAUGGCCAAGACUUCACCGAGCCCACAUGGACGUUUGCAUUCUACGAGUCACCCACUUUAAAGAACGUGUUUCCAACAAGAGGUCAACCUGGAGCGCGCGUUUCUCUCUACGGGACGAACUUCGUCAAUAGCCCAACGCUUCGCUGCAAAAUCGGGGCGUCAGUAGUGCCAGCUGAGUUUAUUUCUCCCGACGAGCUCGUGUGUGUGGCACCUUCCACCACUGUGCCCCAAGAGGACAUUCAACGAAUUUCAAUUGCUGGGCCACCACCACAACCCACCAUUCAAACAAUCACAACAACUGCAUUGCCAGCGCAGAACGAAGUGCAAGUGGUCACUACUUCAGGGUGGGCGCAUCGGUCCCAAGUCCAAACGAUCGCGUCGUCCGUGUCUCCUGUGCAGUCGAAUGUGGUGGAAAUCACAACAUCGAGUGACUACAUGCCUGAGAUACAAUGGCUCGAUUUCAAAGUGAACCCUGUAUCACCAGAAGUGCAAGCCAUCACAAGUUCCAGCACCACGGGUGGGUCCUUCACUGUUCAAAUCUUUGGAGUCCCUGCCGUCAUUGGGUACCAGGACUCUGCUGCGACCGUCCAGCAAACACUUCAAUCUGCACUGAUCGGCCGCACGUUUGGGGUCACGCGUGGCGCCCAAGUCAGUGGUGGGUACACGUGGUUUGUAACCUUCCUCUCCGACCCUGGGACGGUGCCACUCAUCCAAGUCGUGUCGACAGCUGCGCUCACUGGCACCUCUCCGUCAGUCACAGUCCUUCGCAAUCGUGCUGGAACGGUUGCCGAGACUCAAACGAUUGGAAUGUAUGGCGCAGUGUUUAGUGGAGUUGGGAUUGCAAUGGACAUCGUGUACAUGGGCACGACCGUCGUGCGCGGGGUCACUCUUCCUGUUACGGCAACAGCCUUGGCAAGUGCGCUCAACGCCGCGGGGACUCUGGGCACAGUGUCCGUGACAAGUCGAACCAGCGUGUACAAUUCGUUCAAUGGGGCUCCUGCGUCGGUCGAGUUACUUCAGUACGACAUCACGUUCUUAUCCAAGGCGUCGUUAGAUGCUCUGAUCCAAGUGCGAUUGCAAACUUACGUUGGCUUGACGUCGGUGGCCCGGGCGGUCAGUGGCACCACCCCAUCACCCAUGGGGACCUUCACGCUCACGUUGGGAACCAGCACCACGUCGGCUUUGAGUUGGGAUAUUUCGACUUACAACCUCAAGUUGGCGCUGCAGGGGCUAACGGGAGUUGACGUGGCCAUGGUGUCCGAGCUACCGCCAGGCACCAACCCGACCAGCAUACGGACGUUAAAGCUCGAGUUUUCGCCAUUGACGAGAAAUAUCGCGACGCUCGGCAUCACAUCCACCUCUCCAACCAACACUGGAAUGUACGGCGACAAAUCGAGCACGUUGUCCACGGGGUUGUCCGCAAGCAUUGUGCCCAUUCAAGAUGGAGCAUACUUGGGAGGAACUUUCAAAAUCUCGCACCCGAUCACGGGGGCGUUGCUGAACGCUGCGACGAACGCUCCGUGCGGAGCGGUAUGGGAGGUCCAGAGUGUCACAGUCCUGGCACAAGGCACCCUCGACGGCGUGUUUUCUUUGCGAUAUGGUGUAGAGGAAACUGGAAAUUUCACGGCAAGCGCAUCUGCGUUGGACGUUCAGAACGAGUUCACACGGUUUCGCAGUCUCUCUGGUGUUGGUGUGACUCGUCAAAGCGUCGUCAGCGGGCUCUUGACGGGGUUUCGAUGGUUUAUCACGUUCUACGGCAGUGGCGACAUGGCGACAUUAACGGUGAAUUCGUCCAAUUUAGUUGGCGUUGGAGUGUCUGCUCAAGUCGUUGAAGUUGUGAAAGGCAUUCCGUGCGAUGUCCAACGUGUGAUACUCGGUGUCCCAGAUCGAACUGGUGUCUCUGGGACGUUUCGCCUCACCUUCAUGGGUGCCACGACUUCAGCGUUGCCCCACACCGCCACAGCUUUCCAAGUACAACAGGCUUUGCAAACGGCGUUGAAUGUCGCUGUCAACGUGUCCUUGACUCGGCCAAACUCGCAAAACGGAAGCACGUGGACAGUGUCCUUUCCCAUGCAUGCGGGGAAUCUCAACCUCAUGACAGUCGACACGUCAAGUUUGGUGUCGAUUCCGCUUUCUGCUCCAGCCACCAUGCGCGUCCAGAAAGUCCAGCCAGGCAUGACGCAACCCUUGAUUGGAACGAUUGCAGUCACGUUUCAAGGCCAGUCUGCAGCUAUCCCACUGACAACGUCGUUGACGGCAUUGGCGACUGCGUUAAGUGGAAUCGUUCCAGGGGGAGUGACCGUGGCCUCUGGAGGUGUCGAUCAGACUGGAGGCGGCAUAUGGGACAUCACGUUUACGUCGUUGGGGACUCAACCACUUUUCACCGUGAAUCUGUCGUCAUUGCGGGGUGGAUCGGCGCCAACGGCGUCAGUGUCAACGCUUCGAACCAGCACUCAGUUUGACAUUCAAGUUGUGUCGACAACGGCCGUGACGUCUGGGACCUUUUUCCUCUCGUAUGGAAGCUUGGAAACCCCCAACUUGGCUUUCAGUGCCCUCGCCACGGAUGUCCAGACGGCAGUCAACAGCGUCCUCCCGGCAGGAACCGUUGUUGUCACAAGGGUGACCACUGGUACGAACACGUACAAUUGGACCAUCACGUUUCAAGCCCCGAAUUCGGUCUUACUCGUGGCUGGCGGGAUCAACUUGGUCGGACAAGUGGCAGUGUCGCGGGGGACGCCGUCGCCAUUGACGCCAGUGCAAGGAGGCUUCACUUUGACUUUCCAGGGCCAAACGACCUAUGUACCUGCCACUGCGUCGAACGGCGACAUGCAAACCAUCGUUCAAUCGUUCCCAAGUGUGGGAGCAGUGUCGGUGGUUCGAACUGGAGAUGCACUUCUCAAUGCGUUUGUGUGGACCAUCACGUACCUCGAAAACGCAGGACCCCAGGGCACGUUGACUGUUGCGCCUUUCAACCUGACGUCGUCAGGACGUGCCGACGUGUCGAUUGCUGUCACGCAAGAAGGGACAGCGUCGUGUUGCUUAUCCGGGACGUUCCGCGUAGCGCAUGGCCCUUCCUCCCUGCGUCUCCCGGGUACAUUGUCUGUCGAGCAAAAGUGGCCGAUCGUUGCGACAUCGCAAGACCUGACGUCCAUCUUGCGACGGGGAGAAGCCAUCGUGAUCAACGGAAACGCGUUCACCGUGGAUAUGUUUUUACCGUUCGAUGCCACUCGGUUGCCACUGAAUGCCGCAUAUCCAGGCGCGAACGACCCAAAUGCAGUCGGAUACACCCAAGUCACUACCCCCUGGCUGGACGUGACGAGUACAACUGCAACAACCAUGCGAAACGAAAUGACUCGACUGCCAAACUUGAAAAACGUCCAAGUGUCGAGGUCUGCAAAGCCCAUCAACAACGGGUACACUUGGUCCAUUACCUUUGUUGGAGACACUGCGGAUGCCCCGAUGCUCCGUGUGACGGCUGACUUGACGCUCGGCAACAUUGCCUCGACUCUCGCCACACCUCGGGCCCAAGGCGAGGUCCGAAUGAUUUAUGUAAGUGCGAUGUCGACGAUCCACGGCACGUUUAAAGUGAACUUGGGCGGAGUGGAUUCACCCGCCAUCGCGUGGAAUGCAACCGCAAAUGAUAUGAAGAUGGCCCUGGAAGCACUGUACACCACGGUCAACGUAACUCGGUCGCCGCUUUUUGCAACGAGCUAUAACUACCUCGGGGAUGGCUACGGAUGGUUCGUCACGUUUGCCUCGGACGCGGGCACUCCCCGCACCCUCACUUUCAUUCCCCUGACACUCGCGACAGCUUCGUCAACCGCAGCCGUCGUGAAUUGGAUCUUGGUCACUCCAGGUACAUCCAGUCCCCUAAGCGGGACCUUCCAGCUGAGCUACAUGGGGUUUUCGACAACCCCACUCGCAUUCAAUGAAGGAGCUUCGAACGUUCAAACAGCGCUGAACCUCUUGCCUUCCAUUGGAAAUGUUGCGGUGACUCGUUCCCUUGCCGACCCGAAUCAAGGGUAUUCGUGGUCCAUCACGUUCUUGCCCAAUCCAGCCAAAUCAACACCUCAACAGCGAGGUGACUUUCAACCGCUCUCGUUCGUGUCCAACUUGGGUGGAACAGGAGCCAGUAUCACCGUCACAGAAGCCGUGAAAGGGUCGUUCUUGGACGGCACGUUUGCACUAAGGGCUGGAUCGCAGAGUACUGGUCCCAUCGAUUACAAUGCAGCAGCAGAUGUACUGCAGAAUGCCAUUCAAACCUCGUUUGACUGGGUGGCGUCGCUGGCAGUCACACGGAGCAGUUCCAACGCUGCAGGAGGCUUUACGUACACGAUUACCUUUGCCACAACAUUGGGACUUGUGGAGCGCUUUGGUGUUGACACGUCAUUGCUUGUGGGGACGCAGGCAAAUGUCAUUGUCCAAAAUGUCCAGCAAGGCGUCAACCCGCUCAGUGGCGUUUUCACGCUCCAAUUUGAUGGGGCUCAAACGCCACCGUUGGCAUAUAAUUCGUCUUCUAGUCUGGUCCGUGCUGCGUUGGAAGCUCUCCCCACGAUCGGAACUGUACAAGUCACUCAAUCGUUUGGCAUGAAUGCGUACACUUGGCUAGUCACAUUUCUAUCGACGGGCGAGCCAUCCAAUUUGGGCAAUUUGCCUCUUUUGGCGAUCGAUACGUUGCGUCUCCACGGCACUCAAGUCCAAACGAACGUGUCCAAAGUGCAGAGCGGCGCGACUUCCGUCCAAGUGUCGCUCAAUGGCCAAGAUUGGACAAGCGAACAGUUGACCUUUCGAUAUGACAGCCCGAUUCGCAUCGACCGCGUGGUUCCUGCAUUGGGUUCCAUCGCGGGCGGGACAUCCGUCUUCGUACAAGGGCAGAAUUUUGUGGACGCCAACAUGACAUGCUUGUUUGGGAAUCUUUCGACCGCAGUCACGUACAUCAACACGACGACGGUCCUAUGUUCGAGCCCUCCCCAGCGCACCGCCACUUCCGUCUUUGUCAAGGUGCUAUCGGCGCCAUACAACAUGUCCACGGUGAUGACAACGGUGUCCGACUCGGCCGCCGUGUUUCAGUACUUCCAAUCCAUAUUGUUGUCUGGACUAACUCCUGCAUAUGGGUCCAUCUCGACGUCAACGUACCUCAGAAUUCAAGGCGCCAACUUCGUCAACGCGUCAACCUUGAUGUGCCGAUUGACUUCGUACAUCCCCAUGCUCCAAUCCCACGCGAUCCACGCGGUUGCAGCCCGAUUUGUUUCGCCAACGGAGAUUGGAUGCCUUACACCAUCGUUGGCAUUUCUCUUCCCUGCCUCUUCAGACACCUGGGUCAACAAAAUCGCUGCGUCGACAGCGAUUGAAGUGUCCAACAACGGGCAAGAUUUUGCACGACAUGGCACAAACUUUACGUUUCUCCCAGACGUCGUCGCAUCUGGUAUGACGCCAGACACAGGACCUCUGGAGGGAGGCACGGAAACGACCGUCCAAGUCGCACCAAUUCGAUGCGACACAAAUUUGGUGUAUUGUCGGUUUGGCAAUCACAUUCCAUCCGUGGCAAAGAUGUGCACGAGCGAUCGAGUCACGUGCGUCGUUCCCCCACACCGCCCAGAGCCAUCGGUGUAUCAGUUGCAAGUAAACUCCAGUGCUCUGGCAAGCGAAGUACAAACUGUGACAGCGACUGCAUCAGCCUCGCUCACAGGAUCAUUUCGGCUUCGUUACCAGGGUUUCACGACGGACGCUAUCGCAUUCAACGCAGCGGGCGCAACUGUUCAAAAUGCUAUCAAUUCCGCGAUGCCACCAAUUUUUGUGACCACAGUCACACGAUCGACGGCGGGAGCGAACGGGUUUUCGUGGACCUUGACAUUUUCGCUGGAAAGUGGAAACAUCGAAACGUUGCAACCGGAUGCCUUUGGGCUGGAAGGUACUGGAGCUUCCGUGACCGUGGACACUGUGCAAGACGGACCGAUGGGCACCAUCGUCAAGGAAGUGCAGCAGAUCAAGUUCACCCAGCCGACUUUGGUCAACGAAGUGCAAGUGGUGAGUGUCUCGUGGGCGCCGGUGGUUUACGACGUACAACGAAUCAGCCUCACGGCUUCUGUCGUGAUGACCGGAACGUUCACGUUGGGCUACAGUUCAAGCACCACCGCGCCGCUUCCGUUCAAUGCGGACGAGGCAGCUGUUCAAAUGGCACUGCAGGCACUGGUUGGCGUUGGAUUCGUCAAUGUUACACGAACGCAUGCGAUGAACACGCGAGGGUUUGUCUGGGACAUCACAUUUUUGACAGCCGCCGGGCCAAGACCCAACUUGUCCGUGAGCAAGACCAAUAUUGUGCCGUCUGCAUCCGUGACGUUGACGCAAACAAAACUAGCCACGGGGACAAGUCCUCUCGGGGGCAGUUUCGUAUUGAGCUACAUGGGAUUUCCCACGGUCGCGUUGCCAUUUGAUAUCACAGCAUCCCUUCUUCAAGCGCAGCUGGCGACCAUUCUGCCCUCUGUCGCUGGAGUCACCAAGGUAUUUGCAACGACAUCGACAAUGUGGCUCGUUACGUUUGGAUUAACAACCACUGCGCCGUCGUUGCUGGUGGCCAACGGUGCUGGGUUGUCUGGAUCCAGUGCAUCCCUCACGAUCCGUCAGGAUGUACCAGGAGGUGUCGUCAUGGGGGGGACGUUCAAAGUAUCGUACAGUGGCGUGUCAACACCCGCGAUUUCCUUGUCAAGCGCCACCACGGCAACUGCGCUGGCAACCGCACUAGCCGCCAUUGCACCGUCCUUUACUAUCACAAGUGCCAUCAGUUCGUUUGCGCUCGAAUACAACAUCACCUUUUCUGCCACGGCUGGAGAUGUUUUGCCUCUCGUCGUGGAUGCUACGUUCGUCACCGGCACGUCCGUCACAGCGAAGGCUGUGACACUGCAAACAGGGACGUAUGCUGCUUUGGGUGGUACAUUUCAAUUGUCUCUGAAUGGAAUCGCCACUGCCCCAAUCGCGUUCAAUGCGGCUAGCUCGGUCCUUGCAGCUGCAAUUCAAACACUGCCAGCCAUUGGAGCGGUCACCGUCGGACCUCGAGUGACGCUGCUGUCGGGGUAUCAAUGGCAAGUGACCUUUUUGGACUCGUGGAAAUCGACUUACGCUCCUGCAUUGCGGACACUCAGCCUACUGCGCAGUCUUCUGUCAGGGACAAAUGCUACGUUGACAUGGACGCCACAGAUCGAUUCUUUUGGUGUGCAAGUUCCUCUGUAUUUGACAACCAAUGGCCAAGACUAUGUCGACACACUCUUGGUGUUCAGAUACCACGACGAGAUCAUCGUGGACUCGAUAGCCCCAUUGAAUGGUCCCAUCGACGGUGGCACGUCUGUCACUGUGGUGUUGGCUGCGCAAUGCAUGACGUUUGCCUUGGAUGGACCUGUGUAUUGUCGCUUUGGGUCCAUGAUUGUGUCUGGAGCGGUCGUUGCGUCAAAUCGAAUUCAGUGUAAAACCCCCAAAGCCCGGCAGGCUGGUGAUGUCCCAUUGGAGAUCAGCGCGAAUGGGAUGGACUUCAGCUCGUCGGAGAUUAUGUUUGAGUACCGCUUGGCGUUGGCCUUGGCGUCCAUUUCGCCAUUGCGUGGCCCUGUGACUGGAGGAACAGUACUAGCCAUUGCCAUGGCGACUAUCAAGUCACAGGACGUAUAUAGGUGCAGCAUCGGUGGCCAAGUUGUUCAAGCUGAAGAUGUGAAUGCAACCCACGUGUUUUGCCGCACUCCACCACUUGUGGGCUCUGUCCAUCGCGUGUCGGUCGAGAUCACAUGCAAUGGUCAAACAUAUUCGACGAGCGACCUCCAGUUCACAUACGUGGAUCCGUUGUACUUGACAGGAGUGACGCCGUCUUGGGGCGCGGCCACCGGAGGUACCGUCGUCAAAGUGAGAGGCGGAGUGUUUGAUCUGUCGCAGCCCGCGCAUUGUCGAUUCGGGGAGAAGAUCGUGGACGGCCUCGUCCUGUCCAACGAGUACGUGUCUUGCGUCACACCGCGGUUCGACCCGGUCGGCCAAGUCCAAAAGAUCGCGACGGCUGCGUCAGGCUACCUCCCGGAUGUGCAAGAUGUCAUGAUCUCUGCUGUCCCUGAUCAACCCCUCGUUCAGGUGGUUACGACCUCAGGAGCCACGCCCGCGAUCGAGACACAAGUGGUUUCAAUUUCGGGGCAAAACAUCGCGGAAGUGCAGGUCGUCCAACCAAGUGUGGACACGCUGAGCACGGAAAUCCGAACCAUAUCGACGACGAUGUCUACCUCGGUAACCGAAGUCAAGACAAUUCAAGUCGACGCAACCGCAAUCGACGAAGUGCAGCAAAUCAAUGUGGGUGUCAACUCUGCCUCGCUGACGAUGGGACAAUUGGAAAUCCAAACACUGUCGAUGCCAAUUUCACCUGCCGAAGUGGGGACGUUUGCGUUUGAAUUCCGGGGCUCAAAAACACCGCAAUUGUCCUACAACGUGCCAUUGGCACAAUUCCAGGCAGCACUGGAAGGCUUGGACACUGUUGGAACGGUGCGCAUCACGACAGCAAUCCAAUCCGGCAACAACGUGUGGUCGAUCACGUUCUUGAAAUGUACUGGACCGCUGCCAUUGCUUGGUGUUGACGCCUCAGGCUUAAGGAUCGUCUCGCCCGUUCUCGUCGUCGUGCGCUCUGUUCAGCGUUCAACAAGUGUUGCGUUGGGUGGAUCGUUUGCUCUGAGCUACAAUGGCCAACUGACGGCAGACAUUCCGGUGCGUUCGUCGGCCGACGACGUCGCUGCAGCUCUUCGGACCCUUCCCAACAUCCAAAACCCCAUUCUAGUCACAAGAACGGAUCUGGAUUGCAAUGGCGGAGCCACGUGGACCGUCACGUUUGUGUCGACUCCAAGUGCAAACGGAAAUAUUCCGACAUUGGGCAUCACCAAUGCGAAGGUGACUGGAACUUUGGCCCAAACCAGCAUUAGCCCAGUCAAGGACAGUAAUUCGCUUGGCGGGUCAUUUAAGUUGAGUUUUCAAGGCGCGUUGUCCCCCACGCUGUACUUGUCCACGACAGAGACUGCAAUGGCGUCGGCAGUUCAAUCCCUCACCCAAGUCCCCGUAGCUUCUGUGACUCGAGUCGGACCAACUGCCGUGAAUGGGUAUUCAUGGCAAGUGACGUUUGGAGGAGUCCCCGCUGUGAUCCCGGACAUCGGCGGGGUGAGUUCCUUGACUGGCGUGGGCGCUAUCAUUCGAGCAACGACGACGCGAGCUGCACAAGUACCGGAAAUCCAGCAAGUGGUGCUCACGGCAUCGUCCUUUAUCGGUGGAUCGUUUGCCCUUCGAUUUGGUUCCCAGCAGACGCUUCCACUUCCGUCGGACGCAUCUGCCGUUGCCGUGCAAAACGCGAUGAAUGCGUUCGUAAAUCUGGGGUCGUUCGUCGUGACCAAGUCCACACCUGAUGUGUACGGAUCCUGCGCAUGGCAGAUUACGUUUGCAACGUUGGCAGGAAACCAAAACAUGAUCGAGCCUGUCACGACAAACUUGGCGGGGACUCCGAGUCUGUUUGACUCGGGAAGCCGCGAUGUCAGCCUUGUCGUGAACGAGAUCCAACGAGGUGGUGGGUCAUCGAUCGCGGGCUCCUUUCGCGUAUCGAUUGAUGGCACGCUGUCGGAUUCUAUUGCGUAUGAUGCCACUGCGACCGAAGUGCAACGAGUCUUGGAAACGAUCGAACCUGUCACGGUUUCCACGACGGGACUUGCAGGCCUGAACAACAUCAUGUCGUGGUCUGUCACGUUCACUUCCCCAAAGUCCGCCGCUCGUGUGUUGAUGGCAGACACGUCGGCCAUGACCCCCGGUGGCGCCACCGUUGAGUUUGGAACCACUCUAGCUGGUGCUGUGCGAGAGAUCCGAAGCUUGACCACCACACUCACGUCCGGCUCGUUCGUGUGCAUAUUUAUGACAAAAUCGUCGGGCGCAAUUCCGUUCAACGCAAAUGCUACUGUUGUGACGAAUGCACUGAUGGCAAUUGCAGAGCUUGGUACCGUUGAGGUCAGUGGGGUCAACCCCUGGCUCAUCACGUUCACUCAACUAGCUGCGUCCAUCCCAGCGCUGACCUGCGGUGGUUCUCAAAUGGUGACUGUCGUCCAGUCCAGUACGAGCACGGCGUUGUCGGGGUCGUUCAAGCUCGGAUUCAACAAUGCGUGGACGACUGCGUUGGCUCCAAACGCACCUGCUCUAACGGUCCAAAACGCGCUCAACACACUGAUGGGGACCAGCGCCGUGACGGUCAGUGCGUCGUCCAGUACCAUAAACAACGGACUGCGAUGGGAAGUUACGUUUACGAACAAGCCUGGAACACACCCGCUGCUCUCAAUCGACCGGACGCUUUUGCUUGGUACCAACGCGACCGUCCAAGUGACACGCAAAGUGGUUGGAAAUCAAGUCGUCGGUUCGUUUCAACUUAGUGUCAAUGGCCGAACGACGGUGCCAUUAACGCCCCAAACAACAGCAGCAAAUAUGGCAGCGGCGCUUCAGUUGAGUUUGAAUUGCCGCGCGUGUACGUCGGUGACGCGUUCCGCUGCGUUGAGUGGUGGGGGAUUCGCUUGGACAGUCCAGUUCCUGCCGUAUGACACGUUGACGCAAACGUUUACCUCCCAAGUGGACCCCGUUGCGAACCAGCUUGCCGUGGUCAACUCGACCCUCAACUGCACUGGUUUGUCCGUUCAAGUUAUGACGACAAAGCCAGGAUCGCGCCCCAUCAACGGAUCGUUUCUCUUGCGUUAUCGAGAUCAACCGACGGUCAAGAUUCCUUGGGAUGCCACGCCCGAGACGAUGUUGCUGGCCGUGCAGCACAUAAAGUCGAUCCCGAAAGGAUUGUUUAAGGUGUCUCGGAUUGGUCCCAUGGUCACUGGCGGCAUGCAAUGGCGCAUCACGUUUCCAUUCAACGUUCCGUACCCUUUGGAAGUGUUCAAGGCUAGUUCGUUCUUGGUUGGAUCGAGUGCAGCCGUCACGGUUGCUAUUGCCACACCGCAGACGAUUCCCGUACAAGGGACGUUUGUCCUGCGAUUCCAGACACAAGCAACAGUACCCAUUUCGUACAACGCAAACGCGUCUGAGGUGGUCACAGCGCUGCAGAACUUGCCUGGCUUGAGCGGAGGUGUCGACGUGUCUGCGUCCCACCGACCAGACAUCAAUUCGUAUAAGUGGCGGGUGUCCUUUACGUCGUUGGCCAACGCUGGCGCCUUGUCGCUGCUCUCGACGACGGCAUUUCUCGUGACUGGAACGUCGUCGCAAAUCGCUGUCACAAAAGUCAUGGAUGGGACACACAACCAAAUCCAGCGCGUCACCAUCAGCGCGACAACGUUGACCCCCACGGGGACGUUCACGGUAUCGUACUUGGGAGUGACAUCGUCCGUCGUGCUCAGUGUAACGUGUUCUGGUGCCGAGUUCGCCUCUGCCCUCAACUCGCUUCCCGCGCUGGGAAAGACCAGGGUCGAACGCACUGUCGCUUUCAAUGGCCAGAUUGGAUUUUCAUGGUACAUCUUGUUCGAGGACUCGUACACGAACAAAGCGGCUGUCGGUCUCAACACGGCCCAAGUUUUGCCAUCGACGGGGUUGGUGGCUUCCGUGAGUCUUGUCGCAUCUAGAACAACUCCAAUUGCCGGAACAUUCAAAGUCCAAUUCGGGCAAACGUGCAUCGACGGCACCGACUUGGCCUCGUCAUCGUGUGUCCCUGCGACAACAUCCGCUCUACCAUAUAACGUAGAUGCGUGGACCCUUCAGCAAGAGCUUUCGUUGUUGCCUGGCCUAGAAAACGUCCAAGUUAGUCGAUCGGCGGCCGACUACUUGAACGGAUAUAGCUGGCUCGUGUCGUUCCCGGACACCCUUGGCAAUCUUGCUUUGCUCACCACAACGAGUUCUCUGACUGGAUCCAAUGCGCUGGUGUCAGUGAGCGUGGCACGGGAAGGGGUCACGUUUGACGAUGCAAAAGUGCCGUUGGCCAUCACCCAGAACGGUCAAGAUUACACUCUGUCGUCCACGGUAGUGUACCGCUACGUUCCAACGAUUUUAGUGCAUUCGAUCGUUCCCAAUCAUGGGCCUGUACUCGGUGGGACGGAAAUCAUUGUGACCGGGGAUUACUUUACCAAUUCGUCCACGUUGUACUGUCGGUUUGGGACGGUCGUGGUGUCGGCGGCAACGUUUUUCAACUCGACCACACUGACUUGUGUCUCGCCUUCUGUCGAUUCUCCACGUCAAGUGCUAGUGGAUGUGUCCACCAACGCGAAAGCCGCUCCCAGCAGCAGCUUCUCCAACACAACCACGGGUGUAUUCACGUACGACCCACCCGUUGUGGUCAAGGCCAUCACGCCGUCACUUGGACCUGCCACGGGCAAUUUCUCGGUUGAGAUUUCCGGAGGUCCGUUCCCGAAUACAAAGGAGCUACGCUGCCGAUUUGGUUUGCUUGUCGUACAGGCGUUGUGGAUUCGUAGCGACGCAAUUCGGUGCAUCGCCCCGACGCAGGCGUAUGGCACCGUCGCUCUCGAAGUAUCGGUCAACAACCAGGACUACACCACAGGGCGGCAUCCGUUCUACUACUACCCUUGUCCGACCUUGAAUCGAAUUUACCCUGUGUUCGGACCUGCGUUUGCGGCAGGGACCCGCGUCGAGGUAUUUGGAACGGGCUUUGUCAAUACGACUCAACUGGUCUGCCGGUUUGGCAAGAGUAUUGUCCCAGCGACUUUUGUCACCCCAUUUCGAAUCAUGUGCCUGACGCCCGCAUUGGAUCUGUACAGCGGUGGACUCCAGGCCAUGCCGUUGUCGGAGCAACGAAACACGUAUCCCGAUCCGUCCACUGGGACUCGUUUGCUCUUUCCCACGGCGCACCACUUUCCGUUGGUGCAAGGUCGACUUGUGUCUGUCGAAGUCUCCAACAACCAGCAGGACUUCACUUUCACGGGCAUCAACUACAUGUAUUACCAGGAUGCCAUGGUUGCUGGAGUUCAACCGACUAAAGUGUACGCGGCGUCGACGGUCAGUUUGUUUGUCCAAGGGCAGCACUUCAUCAACACCACACGACUGGCGUGUCGAGUUGGGGUCACCACCGUCGUUGGUGUAUUUAUCACGCCCUGGCUGGUGCUCUGCCCGAUUCAAACCGCCCACAUCAAAUUUUCGCUUCCUUUGGCAUCCAGCGCCUCGUUGCCAACCGAUGACAACGUCCCAACGUUUGUCCAGCCGCAGCUCGUGUUCGUGGAAGUUGCGAACAACGGGAUCGACUUUUCGUCGAAUCGAGUGACGGUCGAGUUUUUGGGCCAGUGUCCAACUGGCCACUAUUGCCCACAAGUCGUUCAGGGACGAAUGUUGGUGUGUCCUCGAGGGACAUAUUGUCCAGGGGAAGGCAAUGCCAACUACACGUUGUGUCCGCGAGGGACAUACCAACCGCUCACGGCACAGUCCGACUGUCUGCGUUGCCCGAUCGGGUAUCAUUGCCCCCAUCUCGGACUGCACGUCCCCCGAAUUUGCCCUGCUGGAUUUGUUUGUGACGUGACUGGCAUUGAGACUGCCGACCAGCCUUGUCCACAGGGGCACUUUUGUCUGGAAGGAACUGCCACAACUGCCACGACUUGUGGGAAUCGACUUGCGUCGAGGAAGCUGGGAGUCACAUUUUCUCAUGCAGAGCGCGGCUCUACCAUUCGAAAGGGUCGACACGGUGUGGCAUCACAGCCCAUUCUCGGUGCUCGCCAAACUGGUUGCUGGGACAAUAGCACGCAAGACUUCGGGCUGCAAUUGAGUGUGUACCCCAGUCGGUUCUGGCUUGAGCUGCAGAAAAUGCCCUUGUCCAGCUCCACGAUGGACUUCCAGCCCAUUCGAGGACGCUACUGCAUGGACGACUCGUGCUUGGUGACGUCGACGCCAACCUUCGACAUUGGCAACUCGAUUUUGGACUACCAGGGACUCUUCUCACUACGUCGACCGGUACCUUGUCCCCGUGGCAUGUACUGCCAUGCAGGUACAGCGGGAAACUCGUCAGUGUUGAAGAACUUUACGUCGCCGCAGCCGUGCUUUGAAAGCAUGUACUGUCCCGAAGGAAGCGAGAGCCCGUCGGGCCAGGGCGACUGCCCAGAGGGGUUCUACUGCCCGUUUGGAAUAAAGAUCCCAUGUCCUGCUGGCACGUUCUGUCCGACGACUGGGUCGUACGAACCGCUGGGGUGUCCGCCAGGAACGUUCAAUGCGAUGGUAGGUCAAGCCAAGUGCACACGUUGUCCGGAAGGAUACAUUUGUCCUGGAUUCAAUCGCAUCCAACCUGUCCUGUGCCCACCAGGGUACGUCUGUUCGAAGCCGCAACUGGCCACACCAAACCUGCGCUGUCCGCCUGGAUAUUACUGCGUCGCUGGGCGCUUAACGUCGGACCCUUUUCGCAACGACACAACGCUUCGACCGUAUCCAUGCAAACCAGGCACGUUCUGCCUGGGCGGGGUCAUGUCGGACGAAGUCGUAACAGGCAAUUACGACUAUGCUCAAAACUGCACCGCAGGGUUUUACUGCGAGCUUGCGUCGUUUUCCCCGAAAGGGAUCGGCAUGUGUCCUCCGGGGUUCUAUUGUCCGGCCGGCACAGCGGUGCCGAUUCCGACUCCAAAAGGAUCGUUCGCAGCGCGUCAUGGCACGGUGCAAGCUGCCCUGUGUCCCCCGAGCUUCUACGCUCCUACGAUAGAAACCGUCGAGUGCUAUCCAUGCCCGCCUGGAACGACGUGUCCCGACGAUGGGACGGCAGUCGCGACCAUUUGUCCGCCUGGAACGUACCGAAGCACGUUUGAGGCCGACGGAAUCACGUGUGCGCCGUGUCCACAAGGCACAUGGUCCAAGAAUUGGGGCCUUCGGGGAGUCGGUGAGUGCAUUUUGUGCCCUCCUGGAACUGUGUGUGCCACGGACGGCAUGACCAAUCCUUGCUCCCAGAGCGACUUGCCCACUCCUUACGUUCCCACCAAUCUCAAUGAAAGCCUUCCCCAGUGCCUUGCGCGAGGGUCGCAAUUCUUCUUCGGCGUCCUCCUCGAGCCGUGGAUCGACGACAACGGGAUCGGACCGCACUUUCUCCCGCACAUUUCGGGCCAAUGCUACUACAAUCCGCAACCGGUGGGCAGUCCGUUGUACCUGCGCUUCACCGAAUACUUUGGCCCGCUCUUCGACAUUGCGACCGGGACACCGCAUCAAGGGUACGGGGACGUGAGUCAGCUGCCCGUGCCAGGGUACUUUGAACGCGGGUCGCAGUUCGUCGACCUCACACACUCGACACUGUUCGACCUCAAACAAAACUGCACGCGGGGCUUUUUCUACAAGGAGAAGUGGUUCCCCGGAACGUGUGAAGCCGACGUGAUUUGUCACUCGGAGAAGACUGCCCAGGCGCUUAUUUGUCCGGAAGGGUACAUUUGCAACGAAGGAACGACCGACGCCCUCGCCCUCGAGACGCCGUGCGAACCAGGGUUUGUCUGCGGGUUUGGAACGACGCCCGACGCGUUUUUGGAAUCGCCCAUGGGGCAGUUCAAAAUGUUGUGUCCACUGUCGCACUUUUGUGCUGAAGCGACUGGGACUGGGCUCAUGAAGCGGCAUGCUUGCCCGGCCAACUACUUUUGCCCAACUGGCACCGUCGAUCCGUACAUGGGUUACAUCGCCAACGACGCGGAGCAUCGGCGGAUUUCACCGCAAGACGCGAAUCCGUUCGUCUUUGUCGACUACGUCAAGUACCUCCGCGAAGGCGACGUGAGGGAGUUUUCGCUACAUGACAAGCGGUGCCUGGAAGGCAUUGACUCCGAGCUACUCAACACGUUUUCAAUCGACGACCACGGCGCCGUCGUGAACGCUGCGAUUGAAAGCCAGUUGCUGUGUGCCCGCGACAACAAGUGGCGCCAUGUCUACAAUGCGAUCCAGCGUCUCGAAUGCGACUGCGAUCGUCAAGUUGAGAUCACGUUGGACUUGUUUGCGUUCUGGCAGUGCAACGCAACGUGCUCGUUUGAUCCGCCGUGGCGAGUGGCCAAGGUGUCGGUGACAGGCUUGGUCUUUCCCAAGUACUCGUCCAAGUCGUAUACGACGUUUGCAGCCCUCGCUCGGGAUGUCAUGGGGGACGCGAAGCAAUACCUUGCCCCGCAUCCGAUUCAAAAGGGACAGCCAUACACACUCCAAGCCCCCGACGAGCUCUACGACUUGUAUACUGGCGUGCAGCACGUUCUCAAAUUCAAAAACAGCUUGCUCGAUUGGGUCAACUUUGUCUCGUCGGCCACUGGCGCACGGGAAAUCCUGCGGUUGGACAUGUGCGAGUGCCAGCGAAUGUUCAAGUGCCCCAACGGAACAUCGAGUCCGGUGGGGUCGAACAGCAUCUUCGACUGUGUCAAGACCGGCGUCGUCAUCCGUCGUCGCGAUCUCGUCCCUGCCGGACACGCGCGGCAAGUCAACGGAUCGGACUUUACGGCUUUAUCUGGCACGGGGGCCCCCGUGAGCCACAUCGUGCUCGAUCCGCUGGAAGUCGCCAUCGUCACAGUGAACGCGACAGACCUGGAGAGGAACAUGACAUACGGCGACCACUACCAGAUCUCGGUCUACAAGGAAUGCAAACCGUGCCCACCCAACUACCAGUGCAACUUGUACAUGGACCCAGUCGGGUGCACGUAUCCGUUCAACGAUAACAGCACCGGUCAAGCGCUGUAUGACGAGUGCAUGAUCAAGUACCACGACGCGUCCAUCUGCGAUGCCAAUGCGCUGUUUUGUGAAACGAGGGGUCGCGUCCAGGUCGAUGGGUCCGUCGUCCCGAUUCCUGGCUGCUGUUCGUGUGAACGCCUCGACAUGCCGGUGUUUUUUCAAUCGAAUCGACCCCAGCUCGGCUAUCCAGACGACAAACACGGCAUGAUCCAGUUUACGAUCUCUGCCGUGGCGCAAACGCAGCUCACGAUUGUUGUCGAGCUGCUGCAUGGGCUGUACUACAACGGAUUCGAGGCCACGUUCGUCCCAGGCAACAUUGAUUUGUCCAUCUUUACGCCGUCUCGAGCCCGAUACACCCCCGACGUCCCAACAUCCGACUCGUUCUUUAGCGUGAUAAUUCAAGACGAUUUCAAGGACGUCGCGCUGCCUCUCAACUUGCCCAUGUCCAAAGUCCGCGUGCCCAAGAAGACGACGUUUCAAACCGAGAUGGAACGGUCUGUUUACAUCGAUCGCAUCGCGGACAUCCUUGUGGGCGACCCGUCCUUUGCCAGCCAUCACAACUUUACUCGUCUGUCAAACGCCCAGGCCAUGCUCGGCGCCACGUCCAACGGAUCCGCGCAAAUCAUGUGGAACGAUCACCUGGGGCUGGAUUUGGUCCCUGACGACGUCGACGACGUGGCGUUUUCCGACGCGUGGUGGCUCAAGGCCCAGCCCCAUGGCCUCACGUACUUGGGGCUGCCAUACUUGCCGUUUUUCAGCGCAUGCGCAGGGUACGACUCGCACAUGUCGAUUGCCAAGCUGUUGGAAUCCCAUCCAGACUGCGACUUUGUCGAGUACAAUACAACGCACGAGGUGGACGAGCUCAUUUGGCGAAAAAUGACGGUGCCGUUGGCGGACGAGUGUUCUCUCUUUGGUUUGAAAGGGAUCGAGUUGCAGUGCAUGUUCGAAGAGAAUCUCGCCGGCGGAUCGGACAAACCCCGGUGGUACGAAGUGGACUCUGGAACGACGCUAUUUCACUUGACAAAAUACCCGAUCCCGGCACACAACUUUAUUGGGAACGACAGCUUGACGUCGCCGAUCUACUGGGGUCAAACCGCUACGUUUGGCGACUUGGUUGGAACGACAGAUCUCAUCACUGUCAGCGUCGGGCCCGACAGCACGGGAUAUCCCCUCGUGGUGCCGCAAAAGGUUUUGUUGACGAUCAACUAUUACCAAAUCCUCAAAGGGUACAAGAUCUUUGUCAAUGCCCAAGUCGAUUUCGAAGACCAGUGCGUCAUUUCGAACGUGGACAAAGACAUUGAGAAUGCCGCGUCCAACGACAUUUACCCGUGCGAGAGGAACGUUGUGACGGGCGAGAUUCUCUCCAGAGGCUACACGUUGAGUGUCAUGUUUAGCGCGCUCCCUUGGAUGGACCUGCUCAACCAGUUUCAGUUUUCAUUUCAAGUGUAUGUGAUGCUGUUUGCCGUGAUUGGCGCCGGGUCGGUGAUCCAAGGCUACUUCAUCUACCUCAUCAACCGACUGUUCACGAAGAUGCGCCACCCGCCGCCAUUCCGCCUCGUGCAGUUUCUCAAAGCGACCGCUCCCCAACCCACCAUGGGCAUGGUCUACCUGAGUUUGCCCGUCGCGGUGUGUUCCAUGCUGCUCUACACGUGGUGGAAUGUCCUCCGGUCCACUCAGCCCGUCGUAAACCCCAACUUGUUUUCAUUCGAGCACAUUUCAGGGGAUUGGCUGUACAUUAGCGCUCUUGACGUUGACCACGUCAAACUGUUCAAGGCGGGGCGGCUUGGGACUUCGAUCGUGGCACUUGGUGUGUACAUGCUGCUAUUGGGGACGAAGCUCAUGCUCCCGGAUCACAUGGAUGCUCAAAAAGAAGACAACAUUAUGAACCAAAACACGUUGCACGCUGAGCCGACGGACCCGUUUUCGCUGCGGGACAUUCCAAAGGACGAAAAGGACGGCACCGGUCAGGACGACGGAGGGUACUGGGACCCGUUGCUGUGGAAACGCAUGAACUUGCUGCUCGUGACUGGUAUCACGAUUCUCACGCAGCUCUUCGUGUGGGAGUUUUCAUACUCGUCGUUGUUCACGGACAAUUGCUACCAGUUUCUAGUUGUGUACAAAGUUGUCGAGCACGUGUACGACAGCUUCUUUGAGGCGUUUUUGGGCGACGCGUUCUUGACGCAGCCCAUUGCGAUUGUCGUUGCGGUGACGGAGGGACUCAUCACGAUGGCCGCGCCCGACUUUUUCGGGUUCGUGUUGAGCUUUGUCGUGAUGCAAAGCAUCAUGAUCAUUGAACGGCUCUUCUUCAACCCGUUCUUGGCCUACUGCUCGGCGAUGAUGCCCAAGUGGAAGAAGCAGCUCCAUCGCAUGUUUCGGAAGAAGCGACGGCGGACGCGCGACCAAAAGGCAGCGGAAGAGGCGGAAUGGAGAAAGAUAUGCCAAGAAAUCGAGGAAAAAGCGACCGGGAUCGAAGCCAUCAUUGACGCGUACAACAAUUACGCGGGCGAGACCGCGUCGCUGUUUAUGAAUCCGCUCGUGAUGGCGUUCAUUUACGUGUUUGCGCGAGAAACGGAGAUUCCGGUGCUGUACUCGAUCCUGGAAACCGACUUGAGUUACUACAUCCUGUUUGCAAUCGUCACGCUGCCGUUUGCGGCCGUGCUCGACGUCGUUCUGUGGAAUACGCAGGAACUUAUCCACGGGUGGAAAGCGUUCGAGUACGCCACGUACCAGCGGCAUCGUUUCUCGAUUCGGAAGGAGCGAUGGCAAAUGAACAUGAAAAUCAAGGACAAGUCGCUCGAAGAAGAGUUCCAGACCGUCGACGUGUUGUGCUUUUCGUCGCAGUAUUACUUUCUCAUGUUCUUGUACGCGUCCGGCGUCCUCUUUGUCAUGUUUGGCGCGAGCAUUUGGAUCCGCAAGCAGUACAAUCCGUUUGGCGAUCGGCUCUUCUUUGUCAUUGUCGCGAUGGUGUUUGGUGUGUGCAUCGCACUCACCAAGGCGUCGCUGUACGUUGGCCACAAGCUCCACAUUUGGGUUCCCAAGGCGCUUCGUGGGACGAUCGAUGACGAGAUUGCCGCCAAGUUGGCGCUCGGCGCCGGCCGCCAGGAGGACUUGGAGCUCGAACGCAUGGAAAUGCAAGCGCUCAACUCGGAACGAUUCCGCCAUCGGUUUCUGGAAAAGAAUCGGCCGUGGAUCCUCCAGCACAUGGUCGAGCUGUUCACGCCGCGGACACUGCAACUGCCUGGACCGCUCAACGACGGCAAGCCCGCUGUCGAAUACGUCCGCGACAUUUACAACGAACUCAUGAACAUGGGCGAGGGACGGCGGUUGAAGGGCGAUCGCAGUGAUAUCAGCUCGGACGACGAGGACGAGCUGUUCAAGCAGCGCCAAAACUGGUCGAAUGUUCCCGCCGAAGGCACGACCAAGGACUUGGCUCUGUACUGGCUGGCCAAGGCGCGGAAGCGGCGGCUCUUUGGCAAGUUUAUCGGGGGAAUUCUUCUCAGCAAGAAGGACGACACGUGCAAAGUGUGCCAAAAAACCGAAGCUGGUGGGUACGUCAUGAGCGUCGACAUUGCGACGCCAGACAGCCAAGAACAGGACAAACUCGGUCUCGACCGGCUCAUCAAGGGAUUCGAAGCCCAGUACGGCGAGAACGAAGCCGACUCGGAUCUGUGGAAAGCGUAUUUUCGCCAGCACGCCACCUUCAUCACGCUCUGCAACGUGUGCACGUCCGCGCUGGAACAGAAGCGGCUCGCGCGGCUCGUCCAGCCCGUUGGGAAGCAGACCAAGACACGAGUGGACGACAUGAGCUCGGACGAGGACGAAGAUCAACAGGACAUGGUGUUUGAAGCGAUGGUCGUGGGCCGGACAUCGGUGGAAGGCCGCGUGAUGGGCAAGUGGUUGCAGGCGGCACGGAAACGGCUCGGUGGCGUCUUUCCCCGUGAGAAUGCGCGGGCCGAAAUGGAAGCGUAUGCUGAGCGGAUGCGGGCCAAGAAAGCGCGCAAGACCAAGAAGAAGCGCGCCGACUCGGACGACGAAGAUCCGAGCGUCCACUGGAAAGUCAACUUGUCGGAAGCGUCGCGGGCAUUGCUCCUCCGGUGGGUUUGGCAGGCGCGCGAAGGGCAGUACAAAGUGUUUCGGGAGAAAGGCAUGAAAUUGCGCGCACAAGUGGCGACAGUCGCCGGCAAAAUGCAGGAAGUGGACGACUGGUUCUUUAGUAAAGAGAUGCGCCUCGAGGGCUUGUCGCUCAAGUCGACUGCCGAGACGCUAUCAGAAGAUCAGUUAGCGCUCGAAGACGAUAUUGAAGUCAAGAAGCGCGCGCUGGCGCAAGAGCUCGAUGUGUACGUCGCGGAGAAGCGCACGGCGAUGACGCGGGAAACAGACUUGUUCAACAAUAUGGUCGAGACCGAGCGAGCAGCACUCAAGACCAAGGUGACGGCGCGGGAGACAGAGCUCCUCGAAGAGAAGAAGCGAAAAGAAGUCGAAUUUCUCGAGAUUCAAAAGCAGGCCAAGGCGGACAAUGGCGGACGAGUGCCGCCCAUGUUACUGCAGGAACACCGCGCGUACCUCGCCAAGAUGGAUGACGAUCGUCGAAAGGAGCGCGACGAUACCGAGGUCUCUGCAGGGGAAAAGGAGAUUCAAAAGCAAGAAGCAUUCAAUCGGAAGCUCGCGCUUAGCGAAGCAGGUAUCAUCAAUCGUCAAGCUCUGACGGCACAUCGGCUCUUGGCCCUGCGCAAGGACAUGAUGAACACACUGCGUAUGCAAGAGAAGAGCUGGCAAAACAAGGCAACGGGAUGGCUGGAGAAAGCCACGCGGAAGGUCGCUGUGAAGGAGCAAGAAGAUGCCGAGAAUGCGCUUGCAAUGAAGAAGCGCAGGAAGGUGUAAGCAGGGAAUAGAUAUAUAUUUUUUG